AUGCAGCUCAAAGAUCCUUCCUUCACAACGAGUACCACAAGUUCCCAAACGAACGAGACGCCAUCGUCCUUUGGCUUCUUGCCCGGCAUUGCAAACGAGGAGGACCCAGCCACAAACAACUCCUCCAAUCCAAACAAAAGAACCCCCGGAACAUCAUCAUCCCGGCCCAACAAUGCCACGAGAGGUUCAAGCGAAUGCUGCAGCACUCAGACAGUCGCUGUAACCGUUUGUGUCAUUGUUGUUCUUGCUAUUGUUGUCCUUGCGGCUGUUGCGAAUAACAGCAGCGAUGGUUCUGGCGGCAGAGGCGGUUUCUUCUUCCUCCGUGGUGGUAGUAGUGGAAGCAGGGGAGGUGGUGGUAGCUGCUUCCCUGCUGGUGAACGAGUGUUGCUCGACAACUUCUCGCAAGUUCCAAUCGAGAGGCUACAUCCCGGCUCCAUCAUUCAUCGUGGAGGACAAAUUUUGGCUGUAAUGAAGCUAGCCGCAGAUGGUGAAGACCCUUUGCAUCGCUACAAUGAUUCUGUCUUCGUGACAGGAUCGCACCUUGUUCAGGAGCUGGGGGGGUGGAAGCCAGUGGGAGAGUCGGAUUUUGCCACACCCGUUGAGGAUGAACAAGCCCCAACGUUCGUCUACAACUUGAUCAGUUCUAAGCAUACAAUAAUGAUCAACAAUACCCUGUUUGCCGACUGGGAGGAAGAGGAGGACUUUGCCGAGAACUGGGGUUUGGAAAGCCGGAUCUUGGAUCGCCUCAAUGGACACCCAGACAUGAAUGCCCCAGCUCUUUCAUCAACAGAAACUGUUUCCGAGGGGGCUUUUCAGCCCGGUACACCUAUUCUCCUUGACACUGGAACUAGUGUUUCAAUCGAGAAGUUGGAGCCAGGAGACCAGCUGCAAGGAGAUGACAAUAUUGUCUUUUCUGUGAUGCGACUCUGGAUACCGAGUGAAACCAUGGUGUAUCACUACUCCAUGGACUCGUCAGUAAUCUCAGUGACUGAGUGGACCAUUGUUUUGGAUGAUGACGGUCUCUGGCGCAACGUGAAGCAUUCGUCUAAUGCAGUGGCAGUUGGACUGGCUGCAGAUGGUGCUCGUGCUUGGUAUCAGCUUUGGACGACGAAGCAUCAGAUUCCCGUGGAAGGAGGCUCAGUUUUUGCUGACUACGAAGUGCUCGAUGAAGAUGAUCCUGUUUUCUCUGAAGAGCUCUAG